CCACUUUUCUGAUCUGAUCAUCAUCAUUCUCAUCGUCAACGACCUCUCACCACCUACACAACCACCACCACCACCAACAACAACACUAUACUCAAAAUGUCUGGAAACAUUGGCUGGGACGACGAAAUUGUUCUUCGCAAGCGUUCUGAUCACGCCAAGGUCACUCGCUCCUCCUCCGAUAUCAACGCUGCCCGCCGUGCCGGUGCAGUCGUCUCCACAGAGCGCAAGGUUGUCACUAAUGCCGGACACGUUGGCGAGGAUUUCCGCCGUAUCGCCAAGUUGGCCGAGACUGAUGAGAUCGUCGCCCCUAAGGCCGUCUCAAUGGAUGUCGGAAAGGCUAUCGCAAAGGCUCGCAUCGAAUUGAAGUUGAACCAGAAGGAUCUCGGCGUCAAGGUCAACGAAAAGCAGACUGUGAUUAACGAUUACGAGGCCGGACGUGCUGUCCCUAACCAGCAGAUUCUUGGAAAGUUGGAGCGGGCCUUGGGCGUCAAGCUCCGUGGCAAGGAUAUCGGCUCGCCUUUGACCUUUGGAAAGAAGGCGUAAGGUGGUUCUUUCAAUUCUCGUCAUGCUCAAGACUACAGUAUAUUUAUUGCAAUUGACGAUGUUAUACGGAUCGCAGGCGCUUCAAGGACAUACACCACCAUUUAGACACCAUAGAUGUUUGUAAAUACAACAGUAAAGAUCUUUUUCAGUG